CGUCGGUUUAGAUUGAUGAAUAAUAUCAAAACUUUCAACAACGGAUCUCUUGGUUCUGGCAUCGAUGAAGAACGCAGCGAAAUGCGAUAAGUAAUGUGAAUUGCAGAAUUCAGUGAAUCAUCGAGUUUUUGAACGCACAUUGCGCCCCCUGGUAUUCCGGGGGGCACGCCCGUUCGAGCGUCAUUACAACAAUCAAGCCCGGCUUGGUGUUGGGGCACGGGGGCGACCCGGCCCUUAAUGUCUUCCGGCAGGAACGUCCUGAUCGCAGCGUCGUGGCACACAUUUUCGCUGGUGAGAUGGGCGGCCCGCGCCGUUAAACCCCAUCAAAGGUUGACCUCGGAUCGGGUGAGGAUACCCGCUGAACUUAAGCAUAUCAAUAAGCGGAGGAAAAGAAACCAACAGGGAUUGCCCUAGUAACGGCGAGUGAAGCGGCAAAAGCUCAAAUUUGAAAUCUGGCAACCGCCCGAAUUGUAAUUUGUAGAGGAUGCUUCUGGGCAGCGGCCGGUCUAAGUUUCUUGGAACAGAACGUCAUAGAGGGUGAGAAUCCCGUAUGUGACUGGC